AUAUUAAAUAAAAUAAUAGAAAAUGGAUUAUUAUUGCUUCUAUGAUUACGUUAUCAUGCCGGAAAAAAUUAUUGGAAAGGGUUAAUUUGGCAUAGUAGUUGAGUGUUACCACAAGUUUAAAUAUAAAGAUAUCCAACUUUGUGCCAAAGUAGAAUUUAAAUUUAUUAUGUUAGAUUGUGCCUAAUAACACCAACAUAGACGAGUCAAUGAUGAAAGAAAUACAGAUUUUAAAAAAGAUUAAAUAAAUUAAGAAUCCUCAUUUGAUUAUUGUUUAUGAUAUUUUUGAAGCCUAAAAUAAGUUUUUUAUCAUUAUGGAACGAUGUUAAGGAGGUGAACUCAAGAAUAUAAUAGAGGAAAAAAAGAAAAUGAAUCAAAAAUUAAAAGCUAUUCAGAUUCUUGAUUUCGUUUAUCAAUUUAUUGAUGGAUAUUAAAUAUUGUAUGAUAACAAAAUCAUGCACAGAGAUAUCAAACCCCAAAAUAUCUUUGUAGAUUAAAAUUUAUAAUAUAAAGUAAGUAAUAUAUAAUAGAAUUAGAUUGGAGAUUUGGGGGCUGGUAGAAUAUUGGAAGACGUUAAGGCCAAAGGAGAUUAUACAAAAAUUGGAUCUCCUAUUUAUAGUUCACCUUAGAUAUUAUCAUUACAACCAUUUUCAUCUUAAACAGAUAUUUAUUCAUUUGGUAUGGUCAUAUAUCAUUUAACUUACUUGGAAUUUCCUUUUAGACCUGUCAUGCAAGAAUUAUAAAGAUUUAUAUUAGGUCUUCAAAAAUAGAGGUACACUUUGAACAAUUUACCGAUUCCAUGUGAAGGCACUCAGAGGGAGAAGGAUGAAAUUUAAUUAUUGAUAGAAAACAUGUUAGUUCAUGAUGAAAAUCAAAGAAUUUCAUGGGAAUAAUUAUUCGAAAGAAUUCGAAAAGAAGUGGUUUACGAAUAGUUCAGAUCCAAAUAUGUUGAUGAAUAAAUGACUAAUACUAGAAUAGAUUUGGAGAAAAAAUAUUAAAAUAAAUUAAUAAAAGAAGCAAAAUAAAGAGAAGAGGCAACAAAAUUAUACUAGCAUUAAGCGAAUAGUAGUAUUAAAUUGAAUUCCCUAAUUCCCUAAUCAAACUAGGAAAGAAAAAGAAGUCCAUUAAGUUAGUUUCUUAGAUUAUAGUAUUGUAAAGCAAUCAUCAUCGAUAAUGCUUUGGUCACUUUUCAGGGCCUUAUCUUGUAUUUUAAUAAUUUAUAAUAGGAAAGCUUAAUUUUAAAUUCCUAUUCUUGAAUAUUUUCUACUCUUAAGCUCUAUUCAAGGUUACUAUUGCAAUCUGCUAAAAAAUAUUGAUGCCAUUCACUAAGGAGAUUAUAAUAAAAUAAGUGAACAUAUUAAGGAAUAGAAAGAUAUUGAACAUCAGAAUCUUUAGGCAUUAAGAGAGUUUUAAUAAUUCAAAACAGAGGAUGAUGUCAGAAUUGCUGAAUAUUGUUAAUAACUCUAUGCACAAUUGUCUGAUGGAUGGACGAAAGUAAAUAAAUAUUAUUAAUUAUAGGUUGCAUCAUAAACGAUCUCAAAAAUUAAUGAAUAAAAAAUUAGAUUUCAAACAUUAUGCGAGAUGAGGGAUCUUCUUUUAAAUUAAUAGAAUUUCGUAAAUUAUUAUAAGUAUUGGGAAUUUAUUCGCAAAUUCUAUAACUCCUACUUAUAAAAAAGAAUUUUAGAAUUAAUGUUCUAAGAGCUAUCGCUAAUGGAAGACUAGCUUUUAUUGUAAUAUCAUUAAUUAAUUAUAGAUUUUUGGUCUAUAUGUAAGAAUUAUACUUAAUGGAGGAAAAAUACAAGCAACUUGAAUUUUUUAAGGAAAAUAAGAUCAUGAUUAUACCUAAGCAAACUUAUACCCGUGAUGAGGCAAUCAAAUACUUAGAGGGCAAGAGAAACGAAUUCUUAUAGUAAUAAUAAUAAUAAUUCAAUCAAAACUCAUAUUAUUGA